UGCACCCCCAGCCCACACGUCGACUGCUGGGCAGGAGCCCAGGAGGGAGGGGGCGGAGAGGCUGGCGUCAGGAUGGUCAGAUGGUGCCGAAGCUCAGGGCGACUUAAAUGUGAAUGGCAUUAAAUGUGGUUAUAAGGUUGGGCCAGAAGAAUAUGGAGAUGAAGUGUGUUUUGGCAUCAGCAAUAGCUCUAUAGGGACCACAGGUGGAGUUUAAGUAUCUUUCAGAAUCACGAGGAGGCCAACUAAGAUAACUAGAUUAAUUGUGUGGUUUUAGGGUCCUCUGGAAUAUAGACAGCUCAGAUGGAGGUGGAGGGAAUGAUGGGUGCUCUGGGUGCUCGUGAAGUCAGCAGACAGCUGGAAGCAAGAGGGCAUGAACGGACAUAGUGAGUGAGGGAUAGUGAAGCAGGUGCCGGGAGCCAAGUGUGGAGGGAGACAGGGCUGGAGCUCCCCUACUCCCUGACACCACUCGGCCCUCCACCCUGCCCAAAACAGCCCCGUGGGAGGAAAUUUACUCUCAGGGUAGAUUUGGUGCCGUUUAAUUUCACCCAAACGAGUCGCCGACUCACAACAGUGCUGCCGCAUGGCCUCUGUUACUAGAGACUGAUAGAUGGGUGUGAGACUCGCCCAUCGUGGACUAACAUGUGACCUGGGGAGGAGUACACCCCCCAGGGAGGACUUAAGGCCUGUCGGAUUGACAUUCUGGGUGUUUUCAGCUCCAAAAAGAGACAAACUGUCAUUUUACUUAUACUGAUGAAGGUAUCGGUGGAGAAGAGCAGAAACUCCCCAAAUGUGAACAACGUUGGGGCAAGUACCCUGGGCUGCAUGCUUAACAGCCUUAACUGCUUGCAUUUGUGUUUGACACUUCUCUCCAAAGUGACAUAAACCUGAGGCAGAUAUUGCAUCACAGGCAUACAGCUAUGAUGGAUCCAUCUAUGUGUAGGAGCAGCUAGGCUGAGCUUCCCGGCAGGGAAGUUCACAUCAGGCCAAGAGCCAGACGAUGUUAUGAAACAUCAUGAAAAACAGAGCUGCUCAAAUCGGACUCGUCUCAUCAGCGUUAUUGGAGGUGUCUGCGGAAACCCACCUUGGCACCGGGACAUGUUUGGUACUUAACCUGCUUGGAUGUCGCCUUGCCCCUGGUCGGCCCCUUCCACUUUGCGAGCUGGCAGUGAUGUUCUUGGUUAUCGUCCAACCAGACAAUGAAGUCUAUUUAUUGACAUAAACAGCAAAAGAAUAAUUCAGAUUGUCCGUCUGUGACCUGCUCAUGCUCGUGGCCAAACAAAGAUCAAAGUUUUCUUUCCUUGGGAAUGGCAGUUACAGCAGAAUGUAACGCUGACUGGAUAGUCAUCUGGCGGCAGCCUGCAGCUCACACUGUGUGUGACACGUAGCGCUUCUUCUUCAGAGCUGUUAUGUGCUGUAACCGUGAAAGCGUUUGGCUUUUCAUUCGAGUGUCUUCAUUUCUGUCUCCUGGGGAGAUCUCUCAUACCUCCUGGCUGUUUUGCUUCCCCCAGCUGUGCCGCCCGUCACACUCUCGUAUGCAAAAAGUGCAUCCGGAUCAGAUUAUGAAGACGUGACGUGUGAUUCACACAUGCAGGUGAUGCCGUGACAUCAUUGCUCUACAAAGCGUGCUGUCACACUCUGUUGCUUGGAUACAGGGACGUGCAGGCAUAGGUACUUCUGUUCAUGAUGCGCACACACACACACACACACAUACACACACACAUGCACACACACACACACACACACACACACACACAUGCACAGUGACUCCUCACUCCACCUUCCCCAAAUCCUGCUCCCUUUAGCUUCCCUGACUUCCAUGCCAGGCCAGGCUAACCCUCCCUCUCAAAAUUAACAACUCGCCACAGCUACACAGAAAGUGCCACCACAGAUAACAGUCUUAAUUCAGCAAGCAUGUGCUCCUCCGUACUGCAUGAAUGACCUUUUAUUGUUAUGUUUUCCUCCCCGCAUUGCCCCUGGUCCACACCGUAGACGAUUAAUUAGCUCCUAUUAGCAGAGCGAGGCUCGGUGGGUGGGGGGCAGCUUUGCGUGGAGGCUGAUAGCAGAGACGUGUGGGUCAGACCAUCACGGUUCACUUGCUGGCUGUUUUCCCCCGUUCUGUUCUCUCUGUCUAACUUCCCCCCCCACCCCACCCCUGACGCCUUCGCAUCACAGCUGUGAGGUCGUGAAUUCAGCUUCCUGGAAAGGCAUGAAUGCACGGCCGGGCUUGCACCCUCGUUCUUGCACGUUCACAUUCACCACUAACUUUUUUAAAACCUUUCGUCAAACCAUCUGCAGUCGCCGUCUCUCUCCAGUCCAGCACCAGUCCCAGGCACUGGAACCCCUUCCUAACCCAAUGUACAUCCACGCCCCAGAUGGCCUUGGUUAGCCUUCUCGCUAACCUCUUCGCUAGCAGUCUUCCCAGCGGACCUUGCAGAUGUUUCGCUUUCUCCGCAGAGCAGCGAUUGCGGAUCGGAGCACCGAUGGAAAUGUCCUCAGCAUCCCAGUGCCAAUACGGCGGGGGGGUUCAGAGACUAACCUGGACCUGGACUCCACCGAUGGGCUGGGCCUGGGGCUGGACUUUCACAAAGGCCGUCUGGACAUUGACAACCUGCAACAGAAGAUUCUGAAGGUGACGGAGCAGAUCAAGAUCGAACAGACAGCCCGCGAGGACAAUGUGGCCGAGUAUCUGAAGCUGAUCGGCAAUGCCGACAAGCAGCAGCUGUCGCGCAUCAAGCAGGUCUUCGAAAAGAAGAACCAGAAGUCUGCACAGACCAUUGCACAGCUACAGAAGAAACUGGAGCAGUACCAUAAAAAGAUGAGGGACAAUGAGGCGAAUGGCUCCUCCAAGCAUAGUGCAUCAAAGGAGUCGUCCAAAGAAACGUCUAAGGAACCGAAGGAGAUCUUCAAGGACAGCUUGAAGGACAGCCUGAAGGAUGUGAGUGGCAGUGGGAGGCAUCCUUCUGUAGAUAAGGUGAAGACCAUUGGCCCCGGCGUCUCGCUCUCCCCACCCUUCUUCUUCAACAAGUCGCGAGAAUUCGCCAACCUGAUCCGCAACAAGUUCGGCAGUGCGGACAACAUCGCUCACCUCAAGAGCAGCAUGGACACCUCACCUUCCUUUCACCAGGAAGUCAGCGGGCGUUCUCUGAGUGGCAGCGCCACCAUCGUGGCCAAGCCCAAGUACCCCAGCGACGACGAGUGCUCCUCAGGCACGUCUGCGUCCGCUGACAGCAAUGGAAACCCCACCCCUGGCCCGGAUGGUUCUGAAUCACCCGAGACCCAGAGCAAGCUGACUCUGAUCCUGGAGGAUGUGAGGGAUAUCCGCGAUGCCCAGAACAACCUAGGCAAAGGCAUGGAGAGCCUGAAGGAGCAAUUUAAGAGAGACUAUGACUACAUUGUGCAGACACUGCAGGAGGAGCGAUACAGGUUUGAGAGGUUGGAGUGCCAGCUGAACGACCUGACUGAACUCCACCAGCACGAAACCAGCAACCUGAAGCAGGAGCUGGCCAGCAUCGAGGAGAAGGUGGCUUACCAGGCCUACGAGAGGGCGAGGGACAUCCAGGAAGUGCUGGAGUCCUGCCAGACACGCAUCUCCAAGCUGGAGCUGCAACAGCAGCAGCAGCAGCAGACGGUGCAGCUGGAGAACGCGGACGCCAAGGUGCUGCUGGGGAAAUGCAUCAACAUCAUGCUGGCGCUGGUUACCAUGGUGCUGGUGUGCGUCUCCACCGUGGCCAAGUUCACGGCCCCCCUGACACGCAGCCGGCUACACCUCGUGGGCACCUUCUUCGCUGUGUCGCUGCUGGCGCUCUUUUGGAAGAACUGGGAGCACUUGCAGUGUGCUGUAGAGCGCAUGCUGCUGCCCAGCUGAUCAGAGGGGCGGAGCCACCUGGGGCCGUGUCAGGGGAUUGGUCGAGAAACCAUCUCCCAUGUCGUGGGAUUGGUCAAGAUUUUUUUUUUCUCAAUUUCUUCACCCGAACCUUGGUCUCCUUCCCCAGAAAGAUCUGUGGACUCUUUGGAACUCUGGGCUUGUGAACCCAGCAGGACAUUCCGCGGUUUGCAGGAUGAAAAACUAGUGAUGCUUUUGUGUUCCGACAUGGACUGUUCAUUCGUAGGACGGGAAGACUAGACUUUUGGUCUCACUGUACCUGUGUGUAACAUAUGUCUCUCAGCCUCUCUUGCCGUACUCACUCGUGUAGAGUUCACUGUGCAGCAAAGUCAUCAAUUUUAAUUUUUCAGAUCGUACACUGUUGUAUUGGAUUAAGAAGUGCAAUAUUUGUGUUUAAGAGUGGCAAUGGUAUAACGUGUGUCCGCUUAUGACAGUUACUUAACGUGAUUAAGAACCAUGGCGGAGAAUCCUGCCAGGGUCACAUCAGCUCUGUAUAAGAAGUACAUUCCCCAAGAUACGAGGAAUACAUUUCCACACACUGCAGCAGAUGAGCAGUCACUGCAGCAGAUGAGCAGUCACUGCAGGAGAUGAGCACCACUGCAGCAGAUGAGUAGUCACUGCAGCAGAUGAGCACCACUGCAGCAGAUGAGCAGUCACUGCUUUUGUUGGAAGGAAAAUGAACAUUGGCCACUAUGUAGUAGAAGAGAGGUUUUCAAAGGAAGGAAAGAUGGUUGACUUUUUGUGAGGGAGGGGUUAAAGGUUGUUGGCUUUUUGUGGGGGGGUGGCUGUUUUCAUGAGAUGAUUAACAGUGUGGUGGUGGGAGGCUAUAUGGCCUGGAUCCUGUGAAUUUAAUUUGACACCCUUAUAUUUUAUAGGUUAACAACUUAGCUGUGUUCCUAGAAGUUCAAGCUGUUCUGAGACACAACUUUUUCGUUCUGCGAUGUUACCUUCCUCAGCUGUGGGUGGAAGCAUUUUAACAGCUAGCUUUAGAACCCCAGUGACUUGGUGGCAUUACACUGCCUCUCCAUGGGAGGGCGCCACCGAGGUGGCCACAGCUAAGCUUUCGGUAGCUAAGGCUCUGGUGGGGUGUCCAGGCUCAUCGAACUGUCAGUUGGGAUUUAGAAUGGUUUGGAGAUUCAUCAUCAGUCUGUACAUAAAAAAUGUCGCAAGUUGAACAUUUAAAGUUAAACACAUUGAUGCUGUUUUCAGUAUCUAUUGCGGAUAUCCUGAAAAUGUGGAUUUGUUCCAGGUUUUGGAAACCAGAUAUUUUUGGAAAUGUUUGUUUAGAGACUGAACAGGACAGUGAGUGUGUAUAUUUAAAUAGACUUUGAUUCCUAUGAUGGAGGCCUUUGAAUGGCACUAAGGUCGCAGCUGUAACGUUGCCAUGACGUCAGUUUCAGAAGAUGGAAACACACUAAAUCGGUACACUAACUGUAUCGAAUUUACUGCCUAUUCUUGUUGUCAAGUCCAUCAGCCGCAGUAAAUACCAAAUCGAAUCUAUUUUUAUAGGCAUGAUCCUCACUGCGCUUGAAGCUACAAAUUGCGUGGCCUUACUGAGGCGCUGCGACGCUGCUCGACUUCUGUCGCAUGCCGCUCACACUCAGCUGGCUGUCCUGUUCGACCAAAAGGAACCAGGAUCCACCCACCGUCAGUGAUAAAGCUUAUAAGCAUGCACACUUGUCCGUCGGGGUUAAAAUGAAGAUAUAAAAUCGAAGCUGAAAGGGAAGCGAUGCUUUGCGUGGUUGGUAUUCCAGUCAUGCUUCAUGCUGCCAUCAGAUAAACUUCACUCCUCCUUCUCUGCCUCCUUUAUCUUCAGCGUUUUAACUCUUUAUCCCACAUCUCUUAAAGCAGAGAAAAGAGAAACUCGCGUGCAUCCUGUAGGGACAGCAGCUUAAUGCACUGAGGAAUUUGUUAUUGUGAGUUUCAGUCGUCUUGUCCCUACAAUUUGUCAUUUAAUUCCCCUAAAGCCAAAAGCUGUGAAUACUGCGCCCCCCGGCGGCCGAGCGCACAUUUUUUUUCUAUUGUAAUUUUCUUCUGAUGUUUUUCUGCAAUUCCCCCCUCCCCGAUCCCACCUGCUCGCCUCCAUGUCGCAUCACUGUGACCUCUUGCUCUUAUCUGGCUCAAAGCAUUGUGGGAUAUUUCAGGUCAGCGACAGGCUGGUUCUUAACAAGGGCCGUUCCCACUGUGCUGGGUCUCCACAGCGCCAUGGAAGUCCAUUGAUAGUGUUUUCCAUUGAUGGGCAGACUGGUCUGUCCUGGCCGGACUGGUAAUCUGUGACAUCAGCAGCCACAGCUUUGAUUUCGUAACCUUGUGAUGGUGUAUACCAGUAACAGCAUAUAUACCUUACAGGAAGAGCUCACCCAGACUUGGGUUCACUUUUUACAUCCUAUUUUCUUCUUUUGUAAUCUAUUUCUUUUAUGGUGGACAUUUGGGUCAAAGUUCAUGUUUGUUGUGGCCCUCUUAAUAUCGUCCUAUGGUAAUUUAUGUCCUGAUCUUCUGGAAAAUACUUUAUACAACACUGGAGAACCACUUGAUCGGUUUCUGAACUACUUUUUUAAUAAAUAAAAUCUUUGUUUUUUAAA